AUGGUGGGACUAGCUCAACCAAUGCCUAAGAAGGUGUCAAGGAGCCAGCUCGACCCACAGCUCGAUCGAGCUAGAAACCAGGGCAACUCGAUCGAGCUACAACUCGACCGAGGUCUUUUGGAGCAUUCUGGAGCAUAUGGGACACAAGGAGCAUGGAGGGACUUGGCACAUGGAAGCAGCUCAACUGGAUACGCAAAGGAAGAAGGGAGAAGCCAUCUUGAAGACCAGCUCGACCGUCCACUCGACCGGCCAAGCUUCAACUCGAUCGAGCUGGAAGUCAAAGUCAAACCCGAAAAAUGUUGCUUCCCCCUUGACUUCCUUUGA